AUGGCAGUAGAAUAUUCUCGAAUAGACGAAGGUUACCCCCAAGGAUUGUUGCCACAUUGUCCAGGCUCAUGGAAACCGGCCGUUAUCAAACCGGAAACGCUGAAAAAACUCUACAUAUCAGUAUAUGGAGACAAUCGCAAACUUCUGGGAUCAUACGACUACUACCAUAUAGACAGCUUAGCCAAGAAUCCUGGGAUCGACUUCAGGAAAAAGACUGUCUUGUGGAACGGUGGAUAUCUAGACUCAAAUGCUUGGGGUACCCCUAAAAAUUUGGGUAUGGGUUAUAUAGCGCGUGGAUACAAUUUUCUAUCUUUGGACACGCUUUACUUUACUACUGUGCACUAUCCCCAAGCCGCACGCUUUGCACCCACAGUUGGCAGGCAUACAGCUGAGAUGUUAGUUAAGUUAACAGCUCAUGGCUUAGAUGCAAAAAAAUUGGAGCUCGUCGGUAUGAGCCUCGGCGCCCAAACUAUGAGCUUCAUAGCCAAGAGUUUUCGAUUCAUGACCGGCCGGAACAUCUCCUUACUUACCACUCUGGACCCUGCUGGAGUCUGCUUCAGGCAACUAGGGCCUGAUCGGAGACUAGACAGAUCUGAUGCCGAUUUCGUCAUCAGCAUUAUUACAAACAUGAACAUAGCUGGUAUAGGAUACCAUAUCUCCCAUCUGACAUUUUACGUGAACGGAGGAGAAUUCCAACCAGGGCAUAUAGCCUGGAUCCCUUGUGAUUACAUUUGCAGUCACUUUAGAGCUUAUCUACUAUGGAUAUCGGCAUUGUUAUAUCCUGGUGACUACAUAGGUGUGCAAUGUGAUACCGUGCAACAAGCUAUAGAUGGUUGA